AUGGCAACUACACGCUCCGCAUCGCUAUCAUCGACCAAUAUCUACGCUCCUACUGAUAGCACACUAGUUUCGUCAACCGGACGAUGGGCUCGUUUUUCAAAGAUUCUCAACAAACUUGAUAGUGUUGGUUUAGAAGCACGUGGUAUAGCACGUAUUACGCCCGAGGAACGUACUGACUCGAAGCUGAUUAAUACAGCUAUGAUCUGGGUUGCUGCAAAUACGUUCAUUUCUUGCUUUGCCAUUGGUACUCUUGGUCCUGCCGUAUUCAAUCUUGGUUUGUAUGAUUCAUUUGCAACUGUUACCUUCUUCAACUUACUUGGUGCACUUCCUGUAGCUGCAAUGGCCUGUGCUGGUCCUGCCUCAGGCUUAAGAACAAUGGCUUUUUCCCGUUUUAGUUGGGGUUAUUAUGGAGCUAGUCUUGCUGCUUCUCUCAAUUGUAUUGCUGCCAUAGGAUGGUCUGCAGUCAAUUGUAUAACUGGUGGACAAACACUUCGAGUUGUCUCCAAUAAUACACUUCCAGUCGCUGUCGGUGUUAUUAUUAUUGCCAUUUGCACUUUAGUACUCUCAUUUGCCGGUUAUAAGUGGAUACACAUUUACGAACGAUAUUCAUGGAUUCCAGUUUUCAUUGCUUUCUGUAUUAUGGCCGGAGUUGGUGCAAAGAAUUUUACCAAUUCUGGCCAAGCAGCAAUGAAAAGUGGACGGAUAGAAGCUGCCAACGUUCUCAGUUUUGGUGGAACGGUCUUUGGUUUUGCUGUUGCUUGGACUUCACUGGCAGCUGAUUACAAUGCCUACUUUCCAGAGGACACGAGUUCAACUAAAGUCUUUACACUCACUUACCUUGGUAAUAUUAUUCCACUUAUGCUUAUAGAAUUUCUUGGUGCAGCUGUUUACACUGGCACCUACACAAAUAGUGCCUGGGCUAGCGCUUACAAUUCUAACAGUAUCGGUGGUCUCAUUGGUGCUAGUCUCUCAUCUGUACACGGUUUCGGCAAGUUUCUACUCAUUCUCUUUGCUCUUUCAAUCGUUGCCAAUAAUAUUCCGAAUACGUAUUCACUUUCACUCUCAGCACAAGUCAUAGCACCCGUUUUCUCUCGUAUUCCACGAUUUAUCUAUACAAUUGUUGCCACUGCAAUCUACAUUCCCAUAGCUAUUGUUGGCGCUGCUAAAUUCAACGAAUCUCUGACUACUUUUAUGGACGUUCUUUCCUAUUGGCUUGCAAUUUUUAUUGCUGUUGUUUUCGAAGAACAUAUUCUAUUUAAACGUUGUUCAUUCAAGAAUUAUGAUUUUAGUGUAUGGAAUAAUCGUAAAGCAUUGCCAAUUUCUUUUGCUGCUAUUGGUGCUGGUCUAAUUGGUGUUUGUGGUGCUGUACUUGGAAUGUCUCAGACGCACUUUGUCGGUCCAAUUGGAAAGGUUGUUGGAGUAACAGACCACAAUAACUCUUUUGUUGGUGCUGAUGUUGGCUUUGAAAUGGCCUUUGCUUUUACUGCUAUUAUUUACCCGCUUUUUCGUUUUAUAGAGCUGCGUUUCAUUGGUCGAUAA